UCAAUCAUGCUUUGGGGGCACUUCAGUUUUGAGAGUCGAUUAAUCUGGAUAUUGCUUCCUUGUUUGCUUGCCUGAGGCCAAGUCACUGUGUGUAUCAGAUGAGUGGUAGACAGGCGGUGCUGCUGGUUUAAUCUCUCAUGAGUUCAAGAAGGGACUAGUUAGGUUGUAUUGGCUGGAAUAUUUUGGGAACUUAUUUGCACAGCUCUUUGAAGACAGGCAUUGAACUGAAGAUUUUAAAAAUUAUUGGAAAAUUUCCCUUUCCCUUCAUGAACGCACAGAUGUUUUGCUUGUCAUCUGAUGCCUUAGGAACAUUUCUGGUGGCAGUACAGCCCCGAGUCAGAGCCCCCAAGACGACACGGGCGAGCCUGGGGGUGGGGGAUGGGGACAAGGGCAAGCCUGGGUGGUCACAUAGACAGGUCCAGGUGGGGUGACACGGGCGAGCUGGGGCAGUGACAUGGGAAUGCAGGCCUCAGGCCCACCCUCCCCACUCCCUCUGCCCUUGGUGAGCCCCGUCUCUGUGCCAAGGCCCCCCUUGCCACAGGCGCCUCACCCUCCAGAUGCUGAGAGGCUUUGUUCAUGUGUCUGAGCAGCUAGAAAUCUUGACUCGAGUGAGGACGGCCCAAUUAGGGCUUUUCUUUCCUGACCAAAAUGCCACAGUCUGACCUGUGUUUCCCUUCUGGCUGUGAGAUUUGGAAGACCCGUUGGCAGGACUUCUCUCCGAUGAAGAGGAAGGAAUGGCCAAGAAGCUGCCCGUGACAGACAGUAAACCAGCCUCCAAACAGAGCCCCAGCGCAGGCAGAGGUUGGGGCAGUGGGGGUCCCCCUAUUCCUCUAACUCCUGGGGACACCCCUAUCCGAAAGAAAGAAGAACUGAUAUUUGACGAUGGAGAUGACAUCAUGGCCACCUUGGGGUUUGGAGACAGCCCCAAAGGAGAGAGGAAGCAGACGGGAGACCAGCAGGGAAGGGCCCCGCCCUGCUCGCUCCAAGCUGGAGGAGCUGCUGGGUCGAGGCACUGCCACGAGACUCCUGGCCCGCCCCGGCACUGGGGAACACAGGGAGUCCAAGCUGGACGAGAAGGACCAGAGGCGGCAGGACAAAGAAGACACCUGGGGCGACGAGGACCUCACUUUCGGGGCCUACCAGCCCACUGUGGUCUCCUCGGAGGGCCGGCAGUCUCGCCGGCAGUCGGUCAGUAGGUUCUUAGCAGAAGGUGACACCAACCCCAAGGGAGAGCCGGCCUCCAAGCAGAGCACCCCAGCUGCACCCAGCCCUGUCCACCCCAGAAAGGGAGGAGCUGACUGGUUGGGCCUGAAGGAUGAAGACUUCGACCUACUCCCUCCCUCUCCCACCAGAGAGGCCCGAAGAGGGGGCUCAGCGCUUUCCACCCCUGUGGGGCAUCCUCCUGUGAGCCAGCACCCUGCUCCAGGCCAGCACUCUGCACCAGCUGGUCUGCCCUUGGGGGCCAAGGCACCCACUGGGGGUGCAGGUCCUGCUUCCAGAGCCAGCCAGCCUUCCAAGCCGGGUGCAUCCGAGGACAAAGAUGAGGAGGAUUGGCUGAGCCAUGCUUUGUCUUGGAAGAAGUCCCAAGGGCUGGCCAGAGAGGAGCGGGCGGGGGCCUCGAGGUGCCAGGACCCAGUGAGGACCGCGGACCAUCCCCCUUCCGGCAGCCAACCUGUUGCCAGCACCCAAGGGCUUGAACAAACAGCUGCUGGCAGGAGCUCAGGAGCACCGGCACAGGAUUUGCCACCUGGCAUCUCGGGAUCCCCCGUGACUUGGAAGCAGGCUGCCUCGGCCCUCCCCGCAGGUGACCCAGAGAAGGGACCAGCCCCUGGAGACCUCCCCGGCACAGACCCUGCGAUUUGUUUCCUGAGCUCCCAGGAGCCCCCAGGGCUUCCAGUGCCUGUCCAGUCUCUGCUCCCUAAGGCCCUGAUGCGGAGCCUGCUGCUGGGCCCGGGGUACCAGAAGCAGCUGCUGGCUGCACAGGAGCAGCUGCAGAGUGGCACUGCCGAGCUCCAGGCCGAGCUGCUGCGGAGUCAGGCCCAGCUGGCAGAGCUGGAGGCCCAGGUGCGGAAGCUGGAGCUGGAGCGGACCCAGCACCAGCUGCUGCUGGAGAGCCUGCAGCAGCGGCAUGAGGCCGACCUGGAGCUCAUCGAGAUGGCACACAGAAGCCGCGUCAAAGUGCUGGAAACGUCCUACCAGCAACGGGAAGAACGGCUCCGGAGGGAGAACGAGGAGCUGGCAGCCCGGUAUCUGUCCCACCGCCAGGAGGCCGAGCAGGCCUGUGCCGAGCUCACGGCCCAGCACCAGCGGCGCCUGGCUGCUGCCGAGCAGGAGAAGGACCAGGAGAUGGAGCGGCUCCGGGAGCUGCAGCGGGCCUCCAUCCUGGACAUGCGCAAGGACCACGAGGAGCAGCUGCAGCGGCUGAAGCUGCUGAAGGACCGAGAGAUCGAUGCUGUCACUAGUGCCACCUCCCACACACGGUCCCUGAAUGGUGUCAUCGAGCAGAUGGAGAAGUUCUCCAGCAGCCUGAACGAACUGUCCUCCCGUGUGGAGGCCUCGCACCUCACCACCGCCCAGGAGCGGGAGCUGGGAAUGCGGCAGCAGGACGCGCAGCUCCGAGCACUGCAGGAGAGGCUGGGCCAGCAGCAGCGGGACAUGGAGGAGGAGCGGAACCGGCUGCAUGAAGUCAUCGGGAAGAUGGAGGCACGCCUGAACGAGCAGAGUCGGCUCCUGGAGCAGGAGCGCUGGCGAGUGACGGCGGAGCAGUCCAAGGCGGAGGCCACACAGCGCUCCCUCGAGGAGCAAAGGAAGGUCAUGGCCCAGCAGAUGGCUGUGGAGAGGGAGGAGCUGGAGAGGGCCAAGAGCACCCUGCUGGAGGAGCAGAAGUCUGUCAUGCACAAGUGUGGGGAGGAGCGGCGGCGCCUGGCGGCCGAAUGGGCCGACUUCUUUGCGCAGCAGAAGCUGAGCAAGGAGCGGGCCGAGCGGGCGGUGGAGCGGGCGCUGCAGGUGGACAUGCAGCGGGAGGGCACCCUCGUCAGCCUGGCCAAGGAGCAGGCAGAGCUGAAGAUCCGGGCCAGCGAGAUCCGCGCCAAGGAGGACCAGCUGGCGGCGGAGAGGGAGGCGCUGGAGCGGGAGCGGCAGGAGCUGCUGCGGGAGAAGGAAAGGGUCAGCGCCGCCGCCCAGCGCCUCCAGCUCCGUGCCACCGAGGUGGAGAGCAUGAGCAAGGUGGCCUCGGAGAAGUUCGAGGAGGGGGAGCGGGCGCUGCGAGAGGCCCGGCAGGUGCAGUCGGAGCACCAGGCGCGGCUCCAGGUGGUGCAGCAGCAGCAGGAGCGGCUGAGGCAGCAGGAGCAGCACAUGUACCAGGAGCAUCUGAGUCUAGCCCAGCAGAGACUGCAGCUGGACCGCAGCCGACGGGACCUGCCGCCUGGCCUGGGGGGGCUGUUCCCCAGGCCCCAGGGCCCAGCAGCCUCUGGCCUGGGGGGCACCAUGACUCCUGCCACUACCAUUGCUCGGUGCAGCCAGCCACCAGCCAGCCUGGGCCCCUCACACCACCACGCCAAACUGGUGCUGCUGAAGCACACAGCCGAGCAGGACCGGGACUUCUUGGAGAAUGAGCAGUUCUUCCUGGAGACCCUGAAGAAAGCAUCCUACAACGUGACAUCCCAUUCAGCCUGAGGGGCCCAGGGCUGCCUCCUCAGCUGAGGGCACAGGCCCUGGAACUUUCCCAACACCCCAGCUGGCUACCAGCUCCACAGAGGCGGCACCACCUCACACCAGAUCCCCAGAAAGGCUCUGAGCUGCCCAGGACCAGAUUACAGCUCUUCCAGUACAAGUACAGUGUACAAGCACUUUCUUGCCAAGCGUUUUGGCUCAUGGCUGCGAGUCUGGCAGACAGCCGCUGGGCCCCAGGACUCUGGAGCAGGGGCCUCUGGGAGGUGUGAGGGCCACACGACACCAGCAGCCAUAGCUGUGGUCCUCCUGCCUGCAGACGUCCAGCCUGGAUCUGAGGUCAGAGUGGGCAGUGUGUCCACCCAACUCUGCCUGGGCUCCGUGCACCCCGCCUCUCCUCCAACAGGCGGGUGGUUUCAGGUCUUCCUUUUGCCUGGGCCUGAGGCAGGGGCUUUCUCUAGGGAUGUCAAGAGGAGCCCUCUCCCCUCCCUGCCCUGCAGAGCUGGCCGGGACAGCACGAAGUCUCCUCCCUAAUGGGAAAGUGGAGUCAUGCCACACAUUGUGAAGGGCCUUUUAGGCUCCUGGCCAAGUGGGUGGGGGAGCACGGGGGCAGGGGGAACCAUGCCCGGCCAGGUUUGCCCUCACACUGUCGUGGACUCUUGGAAUUCAGCCAGCCCUUAAUUCCCUCCGGCUUGCUUGCACAACAUCCCCCUCUUUCCCAGCACUGCCUGAAUGAUUGACUCACUCGGCAUGGACACUGGCCCUCAGCCUCGUCUAAUGGGCCCCCGUCCAGAAGCAGAGGCAGGAACUGUGGAAUGGGGGGUGUGGGGGGGAGGCAAGGAGAGGAGACGUCUCUCUGCCCUGUGCACUUGCCGUGAAGCCUUAGCUUGGUGGAAAUGAAGGGGGACACACCAGAAGCCUCUGCCCUUGGAGGACUGGCACAGCGGCUGGGAACGGAGGGGCCGUCCUGCACCCAGGACACUGCUGCCCACAGAGUCUUUUCAGUUCUCCCUGUGUGGGCAGGGCAGGCCAGGAGUGGGGGGACUGGAUGGGAGGAUUGGUAAUUAUCCCCCAUAGCCAAAGGAUAGGUCAACUCAGCCAAUAAAAUUUCAAUUCCUUCUAAAAUGGCUUCUCUCAGGGACCAAUUUAUCACCUUCCUUCAGUGAAGAGUGAUGAGAAAAGAGGAGGGCAGGGGGGAAGAUGCUAAGUGGGUGUCAGUGGACGCCCUUCCUCUUGGCUCUUUCAGAACAGCUUCCAGAGGGAUCUUACUCAUCUACUAACAAAUUACAGCUUUGGUUUUGCAAUCCAUUUAAAUUGUUAUAUUCUUACCGAGUUCUUAGAAUUUGCCAUCUCAUCAGUAUGCAUUACUUCUUAGAAAUGGCUCCCCUGUAGCUGUGUCAGUGGCUGGAAGACAAGUCCCAAAGUCUGUAAAACUGAUCAGGACGGCGCCUCUGGCCACGUGCCCCUCCCCUCCAGACCCAUUAUCCAUAAGGAGGGACAGUAGAUCACUGGCUCAUCCCUAUUUCAGAGGUGCAGAAACAAGGCUGAGAGAGGUUAAAUAACCUGCCAGAGGUGGCAGGCAGUGUCAGAGCCUGGGUCUGAGUUCCGGCUGGACAGAUUCCAAAGCCCCAGGCUCAGCCACAUCACUCGUCCGCCUCCCACAAGAGCAUUUUAUAAAUAGCUCCGUUGUGAAGUAGAUCUUUUAAAGCUGCUGCUUGAGUCAGUGCCCACCCUGAAGAGGGAAGAAUAAUGUAGCCUUCUAGAAGGCUUGACUGAAGCCUGGAAUUCAUUCGCACCACGUGCAAAUGUGCACUCCAGUUUCUGCUGGUCCAGAGCAACCCCUGGUGACCAUCCUUGAGUUGGGACAACAGGGAUCCAAGAGACCCCUCCUUCCUGGAGGGAUCACUGAACUGGGGCUAGGAAG